CCUUUCAUUUUCGGCGGUUCCGAACGAGGAGACGCAUCGAAGAAGAGGGAUCUUCUCUUCUCAUCUGUGCUUUUGCAGCCAAGCCGGUGGGGAUAAAAAAUCAUGUCGCGGGAGAGAGCUAAGCGAUUGACCCUACCUCCUGCUAAAGAGAAUAUUGCCAAGCUUGAGAAAGUAGUAAAAGAAGGCAAUUACUAUGGAGCGCAACAGAUGUACAAGUCAUUUAGUGCUAGGUAUGUGACCGCUGAAAGAUAUUCCGAAGCUCUAGAUGUUCUUGAUUCUGGUGCUGGUCUACAAUUGGAAAAGGGACAGAAGGUUACUUGCGGGGCUGAGCUUGCCAUGCUAUUCGUGGACACACUUGUCAAAGGAAAAUAUGCUUAUGAUGACGAUACUCUCGAUCGUGUCAGGAAAAUCUACAAGAAGUUCCCUCGGAUAUCUGUGCCACAACAUCUUGACCUGACAGAUGAUGAUGACAUGCAGCAACUCUCUGAAGCCUUUGCUGCUGCAAAAGUUAGAGUCGAGGGCUGCUCAUCAUUUUUAAGAGCUGCUAUUAAGUGGUCUGUGGAAUUUGGAGCAUGUAGGAAUGGAUCCCCAGAAAUUCACGAUAUGCUAGCUGAAUAUAUAUAUUCUGAAUCUCCUGAGGUGGACAUGACCAAAGUGUCUUUUCAUUUUGUUCGAGGGAAGAACCCUAAAAAGUUUGCUUCAACACUGGUGAAUUUCAUGGGCAAGUGUUACCCAGGUGAAGAUGAUUUGGCCAUUGCAAGGGCAAUUUUGAUGUACUUAUCUCUAGGUAACCUGAGAGAUGCUAAUGGUCUCAUGGAUGAGGUGAAGAAGCAAAUGCAGUCUAAGGAGCUUGACUUUCCACAAUCAGAACUAAUCCAGUUUAUCAAUUAUCUUCUGUUGACGUUGCAGAGAGACGCUUUGCCUUUAUUUAACAUGUUAAGACAGAAUUACAAGUCUAGCAUAGAAAGGGAACCUGUAUUCCAUGAGUUGCUAGAUGAAAUAGCUGAGAAGUUCUAUGGAGUACGACGUAGGAAUCCCUUGCAAGGGAUGUUUGGAGAUAUUUUUAAGAUGAUGGGAGGUGAAUAGAACCUUAUCAGCCGUUGAAGCGACUCUAAAGCCAAAGAGACUGUACAUGGCGCUACCCCUAAGUGUCUGCUAUCUGCGAAAAUGAUUGAUGUUGGAUUAUAUUGUUAGGCCGAUUGUUGUAAUAUAGUACCUUUUUUCUUUUGCUAUAUGAAUUGCAUUUUGUUCAUUCUGGAGGCAGUCAAUUGGAGGUUGUUGUCACCUUCCCUGUCCAAAUGGUUUAAUUGAAUGCUAAGCUGAAUUUUUCAAUCGAGGAUUACUCAUUUCACUUA